AUGGCACUGACAAAUCUAGCUCUGUUCUUUGUCUCUUUGGUGAUUUUUGGCACAGCAACUGAUGUUGCUCCAGGAACCAAACAGCUGCAACUCUUACUAACUUCUCAGGAACAUGAGAAAUCUCAGUUUUUUACUGUCCAUGGUUGCAACAACGAUUGUGAAACAUCUUGCUGUGACUGCAACAUACAAAAACAGCCUCCGCUCGAUUAA